AUGUCUACCGAGCUUGUCUCUACUGUUGCAGGGGCAGGCCUCUUGCGUUUCUUUUGGUUAGCGUCACCCGCAGUCUGGUGCUCCGCGAGUGUUUGUCGAAGGUCACCCAGCAUAUUCCAGAGCGAUAACGCAGCCGUUUCAGCAGACUUUAUCAGGUCUUCAGUCUCGUCUGUGGGUAAAGUCUCGCCAUUGAGUACAGUGAGACCCUUCUGUAGCUUAAUCCGGGAGUUUAGCAACGCAUCGAACGUAAGUCUCUGUUGCUUCACAGCUGCACCUUUAACAGCAUCAGCUUUAGCAGCCUGUGAUAUUGAUGCGGUCACAAUCUCAUCCCCACUGGCCAUCAGUCGUCGCAGUUCUUCGCGGUCGUUGUCAGGGGUAUUAGUGAACUGUGACUUCGAUUUCUCUCGUAGUUCCUCCUCCGUAUCAUCUUCACCAGACACAUCGGACUCAUCAUCUUCGCAUGAUUCCAUGCCAUCCGCCUCGGAUUCGGCAGUCAUGUCUUGA